AUGACACCACCAGUGGCUUGGCUCCUUAUCCUUCAGCUUGUUCUAGGACCAACUCUGGUCCCAGGUUCGUACCUGAAGGAUGCCAUCAAGGUAUUCCAGCAUUUAUACAUCGACUUCCCCCGAGUUGAGUUUGAGGAUGCCUUCCAGGGCUACUGUAAUGGUGUUAUGGGUUAUGUUCGGGGAAUAAUGAACAGAUGGGACUGUCCGAAGAUCCAUUACUUGGUACAUGUCCCCUUUAAAACCAUCCGGAAGUACUGCAAGCGUAGUCAGAACUUCUGUGAAAGCUACAAUCAGUACUGCACAAUGACCACGGACUCUUUCCCCCUUACAAUCUGCGAACUGACGAACUACCAGUUGCCCAUCAACUGCCAGUAUAAUUCCACCCUAACCAACCAAAAGCUCUACCUGCUGUGUUCCAGCAGGUAUAAUGCUGAGCCGAUAGAUAUCAUUGGUGUCGUCUAA